GACGACACAUGUUUUCACUCGCAGAUGAUCCGGAUCACCGUGGAAUCAGCUGCUCGGUUACCGGUGCUUCACGCAAUCUGACUCCGGUAGCCUACUUUCACUUUUGCUUCAGCUCGGAUCAGGAAGCUGGGAGGGCAACAAUAAGCGGAGAAAACCUCUCUCCGAUCAGUUAGUCAUUCCGCAAGCAUUUAGUGGUUUGAUUCCGGAUUUACCCGAGUUCACAUUCACUUCGGAUUCUUUCGAUCUCGGGUGAAUCAUGUCUGACGCCGAUGAAACUCCAGUCAUGGGCGAGCUUCGAGCGGACGCGAGCGACGCAGCGGCGGAAAUCCAGAAAUACAAGGAUCUCAUGGAGUCUGCAGACACUGAAAGAUCCAGGCUGCUGCUGGAAAAAGCCGAAGCAGAGACUGAAAAGAGAAAAGCCGAGGCAGAGCUUCAGGGCUUCAUGGAGUCUGAAGACACCAUUUCUGACCAGUUUAAUCGAGAUCUUCUAGAAGUACAGAAAGAGAAGAAGAGUCUGGAUCGAGCCAACCAGGAUCUGAAGAGAGAUCUUCAUGAUCUUCAGAAGAAGCUUCAGCUCAAGAGGGACGAAAGUGAUUCUCUGCAGCGCAAGUUUAAGAUAGAAGCCAGAAUCCCGGUGCAGACGGUGAAGUUUGUGCGUGCGCUGGAGAGAGAGGAGGCCGAGGAGGUGGAUGAUCAGGUGCAGUCUGUGUUCACCGUCACACAGAGACCCUCGUUUCUGCUGAAGGGAGGCCAGGCACUCAUCACCUUUGAGGAGGAGAAGGUGGCGGAGCAGAUCCUCCGACUGGCCAAGUGCUCGGUGGCCUGUGACAGAGCCAAGAUGGACGUGAAGCCGUACGCUUUAUCUCUGGAUCCCUCCGUGAAGUUUGAGGUUCAUAUCCAGGUGUCAAAGAAGAGCGUCAGGUUCUGUAACGCCCCGCCCACUUUACCUGAGGAGCGAAUGAGAGACCGGCUGGAGCUGUCGUUCUCCAGAGCGAGUCGCGGCGGAGGGGAAGUGGAGAAGCUGGAGUACCACAAGGAUACGGGCUCGGGCCGCGUCACUUUCCUCAGCACCGGAGUUGCAGAGAAUCUGGUUCACAGAGGAAAGUUUUGUGCCGAUGCCGGCAGCGACGUGGUGCUCGAUGUUCUUCCUCUGUACGAGUAUCAGCUCAGGAAGUUUCAGACAUACUCGGGGGCCCCAAGUCGCACCGUGCUGCUGGGGGGAAUCCAGGCGCUGAUGGAUGAAGAAGAUCUUCAGGACCAUCUGGAGAUCCACUUCCAGAAGCCCAGCAACUACGGAGGAGAGGUGGAGAACAUCAAAUACGUUCCUGAUGGAGCGCAGCUGACGGCUUUCUUCAGCGAGGACGGCAAAGAAAAGGAAGAGUGAGUUCAGAAUGCAACAAAAGCCAGGGUUUACUUCUAAUCAGAGAUGCAUUAGUCAUAUUUACAUGCUGUUAUGUAUGUGGGGUUAUAUCAAUAAUAUCUCCUCACUGUCUUCUGUAACAAUGACAAAACUGAGCAUCAUAAAAUACAAUUAUAAUUAAAACAGAUAAAGUUGAUUUUUAGGUAGGUUAUGUAUCUUCAAACUUAAACUGCUCAGAUCAUCAGCCUGAUGAAGAUGUGUUGAUGUACAGAUGCUAUAUUAAAAUAAAGUGUAUUCAGACGUU